UGUCUGGUAUUUCUGCCGCCACCAUGUCGGAAUAUCGGGCCGGCCGCUCAGCUCUUCUCUCCUGCAGGACCUUACCUGUUCCUAGCUCCAGCGCUGCAGUCUUCCCGCGGCAGCUUCUGUGACAGCCGGGUGCCCACUGCGCAUGCGCGAGAAGCGUUGCGCUUUGUCCGCAGUCUCUGGUAAUCUUCUUUACUGUCUGUAGUCUCUGGUCAUCUGUACUAUGUCUGCAGUCUCUGGUCAUCCCCUGUACUAUGUCUGCAGUCUCUGGUCCAUCCCCUGUACUGUGUCCGCAGUCUCUGGUCCAUCCCCUGUACUGUGUCCGCAGUCUCUGGUCCAUCCCUGUACUGUGUCCGCAGUCUCUGGUCCAUCUCCUGUACUGUGUCCGCAGUCUCUGGUCCAUCUCCUGUACUGUGUCGCAGUCUCUGGUCCAUCUCCUGUACUGUGUCCGCAGUCUUUGGUCCAUCUCCUGUACUGUGUCCGCAGUCUCUGGUCCAUCUCCUGUACUGUGUCCGCA